AUGUAAGUUAUUAAGAACGAAACAGUGUAGUAAUUAGUGCAUCGUUCACAAUACAACAAAAUUGUGUGGCAAUCUUCAAAUCCAUAUAAUAAGAGAAGGCAAUACAAAUUUAAGAAUGCUUAUUAUACAUAGAGAUAUUAAUUAAGAGCAUACAUAUGUAAAGACAUCAAAAGAUAAUUGGGAAUCAGUACCACUUGGAUGGGCAUGGAUUUAAGAUUUAUUGCAUAGACAUGUAAGAUUUCAAAAUUAAAUUUAAGGUCCCAAAUUUCUCAUGUUUAAUUGA